ACAGGCCGAUGUGUGUGCGUCCAAGUCUGAGCUGGGUGGGUCUUUCUACUGCCGUUCACAUUUUCCAAAUAACUCCCGGCCUGUGCGUUGGAGCGCUUUCAGAGGGUCACCAUGUUGAUGCUGGCUGGAAUCGUUGUUGUGCAUCUCACCGCCAUUAUCCUCCUCCUCAUCGCUACCAUUGAUAAUGCCUGGUGGACCGCCGACGCGUUGUCGACUGACUUGUGGGGAAGAUGGGAGCUGGUCAACUCGGCCUGGCAUUACACGAACCUGAAAGACUACACAGAAGAGUACCUCCAGGCGGUACAGGCGACUUCAGUGUUGGCGUGCAUCUUCGCCAUCCUGGCCCUGUUUGUUUUUGUGGCUCAGCUCUUCACUCUGCCCAAAGGCCAGCGCUUCACCUUCACCGGCGUUUUACAGUUGCUCGCCUGUCUAUGUAUAAUGAUCGCUGCCUCAAUCUACACCGCCGAGUUCCACACCGGUGAAAACGGAGCAUACGGACACUCCUACAUCCUGGCCUGGAUCUCAUUUGUCCUCACGCUGCUCUUAGCCAUCACCUAUCUCGUCCUGCGGAAAAAAAGCGAGUGAGAGGAAAGCGAGGAGGCCGGGAUCCGGCGUCACGCUCCUCCUCAAUUGGAACGUCCAAGAAGUAUCCCCCAAAUUUGAGACAAAUAUUUGCUGUUGGGAGUAAAAUAGGGGAAGAUUGGUCAAUCACCAUUUCAAAAUAUAUUUUGACUCACGAUAAACUUAACACAUUUAGCCUGUGUAUAAUCAUUUUAUUGGGCGGAUUUCCCUUCAGACAUUUAAUUUCACGGUAUCAAAUACAUUUGUAUAACAGGCUGAUUUAUGUCAUUACCAUAACAUGUCAAAUUUGUUACAAUUGCCAAGUUACAACGAUGUAAUAUAUUACUGUACUACUUUUGACAUCUCGUGGCAAAUUAGGCGUACAUCAACUGUGACGUUACUAGCUUGCAGCUAGUUAGCUUAGCAUGACAUUUGGGAGAAGUGGGAGUGAAAUGUCGUUUUUGUUUGUUUGUUAGUUUUUUAACAGUUUACACAUAAAGAGAGCUUUAGGAGGUCUUAAGUGGGGAUUUUGUUCCCUUCGAAUUAUGCAGCCACUAUGCUAAACUAACCCAAACUGCAGCCGGAAUACGGCUUAUACAUUUUCAGUGCAAACAGGAGCGUAGCACUUCGGUGCCUUUAAUUCUCACACUGGCGGCUCUUUUGGAAUAAAGCCAUCAGCUUAGACUAUUUUGGAAGCGGGGUGAUGAUAAGUCUAAGGGCUGAUCCCCCCCCCUCAAAACCAAGCUGAAGCUUCCAAUGACCACCGCAAGAAUGAAGUGAACAAAUAAAGGUAAUAGGUUUUGCAUGUUUGCAACACAACAACUUCCCCGUUGCUGUACUUGAACAAUUAAAACAAGCUUUAAUUGGGAAUACAAGUAGUUUGAAGUCAUGUAUCUUUAUUUCAUGAUUGAAGUAGUGUAUCCUCGUUUUAUCCAUGUACAUUGUAACCAUUAUAUUUUUGUAACAUUUUGUAAUGUUUUUUUUUCGUUUUCAAGCUAUGUUUUGCAUUUUGUUUGUAGUAGGCUGCUAUCCUGGAAAAAAAAGUACAUCAAUUUGUACAUGUGAACCAGAUAUGGAGGAUGAGUGUUUCAUUUGACCAUAUUUCUAAACUAUGCAUUAGAAGGUUUGUAAUUACUUUGGAGUGAAGCCAUACACUAUAAUCAAUAAAACAACUAGUAACAAACAC